AUCAAUGCACGCAUUAGAGUCUCCAGGAAUAGAAGCUGCAAAGGUAAGGCCUGAUUCAUAAGUUUCACUGCCCUUUGGCUCUCUUUAGGUACUGCAAACCUAAACAGCAGGAGCCAACAUAGAUGGCAAGCUCAUUCAAUGGCAUUCAUGACAAAGGGUCUCCAGGUUUGGUAGGAGCAUCACUGCUCCUUUGGACUGCAGUACCACAGCUUUGACCCUGACUUCAGAUCCAUGUACAACUCCACAAUGAAUGAUCAGCCCCCGUCUGUUCUUCUGCAGCCAAGCCACUAUGAACUUGAAUCUCAAGGGAUGCUCAAAAUUCUCCAAGAAAUUUGGUUUGCAACCGAGCAAACAACUCUCGAGCUCUGCUUAGGAGUUCAGAUACAAGUCCUCAACUAUACACCUUCCCACCAUCUUCUUCUUCCUAUUGCUCUCUCACAUAUUCAACAUUUUUUAUGCCACAAAACAUGCGAUCAUGCAUCCAUCAAGUUCUUGGAUCUCUCUCUCUCUCUCUCUCUCCUCCAACCACAUAGGCGCAUGCUCUUUGCUGACUUCGUUUUCAUGCCGGCAUCUGAGGAUGCAUAAACCAUGAAUGGGUAGCCAAUGUGACGAUUGUUAAUGCUACUCGGCCAACGAGGAGAUUGCACUGAAGCCAUCAUGCUUUUCUUGUUGAUUUCAAGGGCUAUAUUUUCUCGUCUCACUUCCUCUGUUAAAAGCAUUAAAGGUCUCCCCGUACUCUGCCUCGAUCAAUGGCUUCUCUACCCAUGCAGAUUGCCACUCCUUUGACGGACGAGGAUGUCGAGAAAGGAGAAGCAUCCGUCCUGGUUUCUCCGAGAAAUCCAACACCUAUGAAGACAAUCUACCUAUCCGACAUCGACCAGACCGCAGCUUUUCCUGUAGAGACCAUCUUCUUCUACGAGAUGCCACCUGACGAUGCAGCAGCAGUCACGUCCGAUGUCGUCGAAAGGGUGAAGAGCUCAGUGUCUGAUGUCCUCUUGAUCCCCUACUACUUCAUGGCCGGGAGACUCAACUUCAACCUGGAAACCAAGAGGCUGGAGCUACUCUGCAACAAUGCCGGGGCCUUGUUCGUUGGUGCAACAUCGAGACGUAGGCUAGAGGAGCUCGGCAGCCUCUCUGCACCCAACCCUUCGUUCCAGCAUCUCAUCCUUAGAACCGAUGGAUUUAAUGGCCUCCAUGAGACCCCCAUCAUUACCGUUCAGGUCAGUUCAUCCUCCUCUCAUCGGGAUGGAUGCGUAUGUAUAGACCUUGACUUCCGAUUUCCAUUGAAGGUGACCGUAUUCAGAUGCGGAGGUUUCUCAAUCGGCAUAAUGAAGAACCACAGCGUACUCGACGGGAAAUUAGCAGCCGAAAUGUUUGAGAAUCUUGCUGCCAUUUGCAGGGGUGAUGGCCUGAAGACUCUCGAGCUUCAUGUGGAUAGAUCAUGCAUCAGGGCAAGAUAUCCACCUCAGAGACGCUUCCACCACACGGAGUACACGAAGCGGAGGGAUGACACCUGCUUCACCUCCCCCGAGCAGCCCUCUCCAUCCACCGCUCUGUUACAGGUCUCCAAGAACCACGACUACAGGGUGCUGUCUCUCGCCCCUGACAUGAUCGAUGGCCUCAAGCGAAAGGCCAUGACCGAGUGCUACUCCAGCUUCGAGGCGGUGGUAGCUCACCUGUGGAGAGCGAGAACGAAGGCGGUGUUCGACGACCCGCUGGAGAUCUCCUCCGUGCUGUUCGCGGUGGACGUCAGGACCAAGAUGUCACUUCCGCUGCCUCGUGGGUUCACCGGCAACGCGGUGAUCACAGCCUCGGCGAGCGCCGGGGCGGCGGAGCUAGGCGAGCGGCCGCUCUGCUUCGCGGUGAAGAGGGUGAGGGAGGCCAUCGGAAGGGUGACGGAUGAGUACGUGAGGUCGGCUGUGGACUGGCUUUAGGUGAACAGAGGGGCGCCGUCGGUGCUCGAGAGGAACUUCUUCGUGUCGGCUUGGUGGAAGCUGCCAUUCCAUGAGCUGGACUUCGGGUGCCGGAAGCCUGUCUACGGCGGCCCGGUGGUGAGCGGCAUGCAUGAGUUCGUGCUGCUGCUUGCUGAUGGCAGCAAGGAGGGGGAGGGGAGUGGCAUCAACGUUUGGGCGGCGUUGGAGAAGGAGGAGAUGAAGAGAUUCGCGCGCAAUGUGUUUGAACUAUAAGAAUGCCACUCCA